UGAAAGGAGAGCAUACCCAGUACUUCACAGUUGAGGCUCACAAACACAUUUCGCCAUGUCGACUACGACAGAGACCAAGACUCAGCAAAUGUUCAGCGUCGCCAAGGAUAUCAAAGCACCUCGCGGCGACGUGGAGACAUCAUUGUCUUUCUUCAGCCCACCAGAAGAUGGUUCAGUGCCCUACAAUUACAUUGAGAAAGCGCCGGAAGGACUUCCCCAAAACAAUUAUGGCGAAUUUGUUCGCGACGUGACCAUUCACGACAUUCGCGGUCGUGAGGCCGAUUUCAACACUGAUCGCAACGGAUUCGGCACUGUGACUGGACUUGCCCCCAGCAAAGAGCGAGAAUUCACCGAUGAUGAAUCAAUCCGUUCCAACUAUUACCCAGAGGUCGAGGAGCUCCUUCUCAAAAACCUCCCCGGCUCUCCCAAGCGCGUGUUCAUCUUCGACCACACCAUCCGUCGACCCAAUGGCAAACGAGGACCCGUCAACCGAGCCCACGUCGACCAGACGGCCAACUCGGCUCGUAGUCGUGUCCGCCGGCACCUGGGUGAUGAGGCCGAGGAGCUUCUACAAGGACGAGUGCGCUUGGUCAACGUCUGGCGACCUCUGAACGGACCGGUCGUGGCAUCGCCAUUGGCAUACGCCGACUCACAGACCGUGCCGACCGGAGAUGUCGUCGGUGUCGAGCACCGCUACCCGACAUGGACCGGCGAAACUGCCGGCGUGAAAUACGACCCGGCUCACCAGUGGCAUUACUGGAGUGGCAUGACGAACGACGAGAGAAUUCUGCUGCAGUGCUAUGAUAGCCAAGAAGGUGCGCGGACACCGCACUCGGCUUUCAAUGAUCCCAGGACCAAGUCAGAUUGGCCUGGACGCGAGAGCAUUGAGGUCAGGACUUUGGUAUUUGGAUGAAUGUCUCGUUCUGGUUUGAAAGAGUGGCGACUGGGCGGAACAUGGAGUAUGAGAUAAUAUUUGGUUUAAAUUUAUGUACGAAGAAAUGAAGUUUUAUGAAUGUAUCAGUCA